GAUGGCUCUGUUCAGUCUCUGUCUCUGGGUCUCUCUGGUUGUACUGAUGAAUGCUGUGCUAGUUCGUGCAGACUGUUGGCUUAUAGAAGGAGAGAAAGGAUUUGUCUGGCUGGCAAUCUGUAGCCAAAAUCAACCCCCAUAUGAAGCCAUCCCACAGCACAUCAACAGCACGAUUGUGGACCUUAGAUUGAAUGAGAACAAGAUCAAAAGUAUUCAGUUUUCCUCGCUGAAUAGAUUCGGCAACUUGACCGAUCUGAACCUGACGAAAAAUGAUAUUUCCUACAUUGAGGAUGGAGCCUUUUCAGCCCAGUUUAACCUGCGUAUCUUACAACUCGGAUUCAACAGGCUUCAGAACCUCACCGAGGGCAUCCUCAGGGGGCUGGGCAGACUGGAAUAUCUCUACCUGCAGGCAAAUUUGAUUGAAAUCGUUAGUCCGAACACCUUUUGGGAAUGUUUGAGCAUAAUAAACAUUGACUUGUCCAUGAACCGCUUGCAGAGACUUGAGAGUUCCACUUUCACCGGGCUGAGCAAACUCUACGUGUGCGAGCUCUACAGUAAUCCGUUUUACUGUUCGUGUGAUUUGCUGGGUUUUCUCAAAUGGCUGGCAAUGUUUACCAACACCACCAGAAAUUACGAUCGCAUGCAGUGCGAAUCUCCCCCAGAAUUUGCUGGCUACGCUUUGCUGAGCCAAAGCCGGACCAGCCGCAGGAAUGCCUACAGCAUCCUUUCCUCCAAGUGUGAAGAAAAUUACAGGGUUGACUCCAAAGUCGCACUGAAUGUAUCGACCCCUAUUCCCACCACCACCACCACCACCACAGAAAGCCCUUGUGGAUCUGAAGACUGCGCGUCAGGCGAUGGAUCCUCCUCCAUCUUAUCCUCCCCGACCCCUUUCUUUAAUGGGAAACCAAUGAUCAACGUGCAAGACGUAACCGACAAUACAGCCUCCCUGCUGGUCCAUAUCCCGCACCGCUUUCGUAAAAUGUAUGUCCUGCUCCAAUACAACAACAACUUGUACACACACGUACAGAUCCUAAACAAGGAAGAGGAGAUCAUUAAAUUUGAUACUCUCAAGGCUCUCACUGAGUACACGUUUUGCGUGGCGUCUAUUCGGAAUGCAUUUAGAUAUAAUCACACCUGUGUUACUUUCUCUACACUGAGGCAGACUAAAGUUGUCGUGACAACGCCUUCCACUGCCACACACUACAUUAUGACUAUCCUGGGCUGCCUCUUCGGGAUGGUCAUUGUUCUGGGGGUGGUCUAUUACUGCCUGAGGAAAAAGAGGCAGCAAAUGGAAAAGCAAAAGAAAUCAGGAAACAUCAAGAAGACCCUCAUUGAGCUGAAGUACGGAGGGGAAUUAGAGACGAGCACCAUCUCCCAGCUCUCCCAGAAGCCAAUUCCUCCCUGUGACAACAUGCCCAGGAUGCUUCUACCUUCCUCUGGAGACAUGGAACAGUAUAAAUCUAAGGACUUGAGUGAAACCCCCAAAACUGCCAAGGGCAACUACAUUGAGGUGAGGACAGGUGAUGCUCCAGACCGGAGAGAUGUGGAAGGGAGCCAAAUUGGGGAAAGUCAAAGUUCUACAGCUGAAAUCUCAACGAUAGCUAAGGAAGUGGAUAAAGUCAAUCAGAUCAUUAAUAACUGCAUAGAUGCCUUAAAGUCGGAGCCUGGCUCUUUCCAAGGGGGGAAGUCGGGGGCCAUGGCUUCUAUUGAUCCUCAAUUGUUAAUGAUUACUGAACAGACCCAGGGAAGAUCUGGCUUUCUGUCCCCUAUCUAUAAGGAAAGUUACCACCCGUUACAGAGGCACAGUAGUAUGGAUACAGCUCCCAAACGCUCGAGCACCUCUUCCAGCGGUUCCAUCCGAAGUCCAAGGUCAUUUCGGUCAGAGGCUUCCGCUGGUCCCACAUACAAAUCCGAGGCAAAAUACAUCGAAAAGACAUCUCCGACGACGGAGACCAUCAUGACUGUGAGCCCAGGUGUCAUUUUGAGAUCGGAGGCAGACAAGAUCCGACAAUACAGCGAACAUCGACACUCGUAUCCGGGGUCCCAUCAGGGGGAGCAGCAGCAAGAGGCACCGAGUCGGAAGCCUUCGAUUCUGGAACCGUUGACUCGACCCCGGAGGGAUCUCAUGUACUCCCAACUCUCCCCACAGUACCACAACCUCAGCUACUCCUCCAGCCCCGAAUACUCCAGUAAACCAUCCCAAGGGAUCUGGGAACGUUUCAAACUUCACAAGAAGCGACACAAAGAGGAUGAUGAGUACAUGGCAGCAGGUCACGCCCUGAGGAGGAAAGUCCAGUUUGCGAAGGAUGAGGAUUUGCACGAUAUCCUGGACUACUGGAAGGGGGUGUCCGCCCAGCACAAAUCCUGAUUCCUCAGCGACUGAGAGACUCAAUGGGACCAAAAGGAAACUGUAACACAACUGUUUUUAAUAUGACCAACUCAACUGUUCUUAACAAGAAAACGUUUCAUCUCACGUAUGUGAGUUUAU